CUCGCCUUAAAAACCCCAUCCUUCUGCUUCUGGACUUGCUUCUGGACUUGCUUCCAAACCGCUGCCCCUUUCUGCCCCGAAGGUUCCUCGCCGUCAGCCAUGCCUGCCUACACCCUGACCGACCCCUUCCCCAAGGGCCUCUCCUUCUUUGACCACUUCACCUUUUACCAGAAAAAGUCCACCGCCGAUGGCGGCUUCGCUGCCUACGAGAACCGCACCACGGCCACCAGCCUCGGCCUGAUCUCGGCCGACCCGGCCACCAACGCCGCCAUCUUCAGGGCCGACAGCACCUCCGUCUUCCAGGCCCAGAGCAACCCCCUCGGCCGCCCCUCCAUCCGUCUGCACUCCAUCGACGUCAUUAGUUACGCCCUCUACAUCUUCGAUGUUGCCCAUGCCCCCUCCGGCUGCGGCACCUGGCCCGCCAUCUGGUUCAAGAAGACCACCGCCCAGGACCCCAAUGCCUCCGAGAUUGACAUCUUCGAGACCAUCAACGAGCGCCCCAGCUUUGCCGUCGGCCUCUACGACAACGGCAACUGCUACAGCUCCACCUCGUCCUUUGCCCAGUUCCACUCUGGACCCUCGAUCAACUGCGCCGUCAAUAUCCAGAACGGCUCCCAGGGCGGAUGCACCGCUUACAACCAAUUCCCUGCCCCUGCUUCGGGUCCUGCGUUCAACCAGCAGGGCGGUGGUGUCUACGCCAUGGAGUUCACCCCCAAUACCCUGAACUUCUGGUACUUCCCUCGCCCCAGCGUCCCGGCCGAUGUCGCCAGUGGCGCCUCCUCCAUUGAUACCACCACCUGGGGCGCUCCCUACGUCGAUUUCCGCUUCGACUGCUGCUCGCCCGACACCUUCCUCAACCUCAACAUUGUCUUCAACAUCAACCUUUGCGGCAGCUGGGUCGGCGGCGACUCUAACGCUGGCCAGGAUGGCACCUGCGCCGGCCUCUGGACUGAUGAGGCCUCCUGCAACAACUACGUUGCCGCCAACCCGUCUGCCCUGACCGAGGCCUACUGGUCCAUCAAUGCCCUCAACGUCUACCAGAAGGCUCCCGAGGCCUUUUCUCCAAACACCUCCGUGGUUUGCCCUGCCGGUGCCGUCGCCACAGCGACCAUCUCCCAGGCCUCCCUUACCGUCGGUGCCACUGUGGCUCCCACCACCACCACCACCAAGAAGUCCUCGGCCACUACCACCGGCUCUAGCAAGCCCACCAGUGCUGGCUUCUCGGCCACGCCCCAGCUCCUUCCCCUGUUCGUCCUGCUCAUCCUGCUCUUCAAGAAGCUUUUCUAAGCACUUUGCCUAUUCUCUGAACCCGCCUCCAGUCCGCCAUACAGCGUCAACACACCCCAAUACACUUGACCUGGCUUGAAUGUCGACCGAUGGACGUCUCACUCACUUUUUAACUCACUCUCGUAGAUGAACAGCGACUGCUGGUCCAUCGCAAAUGUCAGAUGGACUCGGUCUGCAUCAAUAAACUUGACUGCCAUUC